AUGCGGGGGGACUACACCGAGCUGAUCGACAUGUGGUCCGCUGGCUGUAUCUACGCCGAGCUCCUGGGGAUGCGCGAGGGAGUUGAUCCAAAGGACCGCGGCCCGCUCUUCCGGGGCACCGCGUGCUUCCCGCUGUCGCCCCACGGGAACGGACAGGAACUGGCGGUCCCAGCCGCGGGGGCGCACCGGCAUGCCAAGGAUGACCAGCUGGAGAUGAUCUUCGACGUCAUCGGCACGCCGACUGAAGCCGAGGUGGACAUGGUCGACGACGUCGAGGCGAAGAAGUAUUUGCUGAGCUUCGCGAGCCGGAAAGGAGAAGGGUUCAAUAAGAGAAUACCUCAGGCGGACUCCAAUGACUGCGACGUGCUGCGGCAGCUCGUGUGCUUCCACCCAGAAAAGCGGCCUUCCGCGGAGCAGCUGCUGGACCACGAGAUUUUCGCCGACGUCAGGGAACGCCACAGGGAGGUCAAGGCCAGCUGCGUCGCCACGCUGCCCUUCCUGGAGGAGGCCGAGAUCAGCAAGCCUCGGCUGAAGGAGCACAUUGUCCAGGAGAUGCGGAAGUAUAGGCCCGCCACCGACACCUCGACGGCCAGAGGCGCCGGCGUCGGCCCCAGCCUGCUGACCAGAGGGCGCACCGCCACCAGCUCGAAGAGGAGUUCCGCGUCAAGGGGCUCCCUGCCCCCGAUCUGA